CCGGUGCGGAAGUAACCUCAGAAUUGCUUCAACACUUUUACACCGAAGUGGAAGGUCAGGAUUGUGUCAGCGACGUAUCUCAACAAACUUAUUUAAACAACAAAACUACCAUUAACACAAAACUGGACGUAACUACAAACAGUAGUGCUGACAUUAGCGACAAACCGUGACGUUGCGCGGUAGGGAACACGAAGUGUUGUAACGGCUAUAUAACGAUUAAACAGUUAUUGUAUUUGUUUAGGCUGACAACACGUUACGGCUAUUUAACUGUCGAACAGUUAUUCAUAUUUGAACCUGAAAUCACGUCUCUUGUUUACCCUAAUGUCUGGGUCAAAAUGUACCCGGUUAACCGGAGCUCUGGUGAAGCCGGUGCUGGACUCGGUGGACAGCGUCCUGUUUGACUGCGACGGGGUCAUCUGGCGGGGGGACCAGGCUAUCCCGGGAGCCUCUCAGGUCAUAAACCUGCUGAAGGAAAGCGGCAAGAAGGUGUUCUUCGUCACCAACAACAGCACCAAGACCAGGAAGAUGUACGCGGAGAAAAUGACCACAAUGGGGUUUAAUGCGACCGAAGAGGAGGUGUUCGGGACGGCGUACUGUUCAGCUAUGUACCUGAAGAAUGAGUGCAAACUGGAGGGUAAAAAGGUGUACCUGAUCGGAAGUAACGCGAUGAGAGACGAGCUGCAGGCGGUGGGGAUCCAGCAGACCGGGGUGGGAGAGGACCAUAUAUCCGGGAAGCAGAUAGACUGGGCCAACGUGGACCUGAACCCCGAGGUGAAGGCGGUGGUGGUCGGGUUCGAUGAGCACUUCAGCUACACGAAGCUGAACAGAGCCCUGCAGUACCUGAUCCAGCAGCCUGGGUGUCUGUUUGUGGGGACCAACAGGGACUCCAGGCUGCCCCUGGAGGGAGGCAAGGCCGUGCCAGGUACCGGCUGCCUCCUGCAGGCCGUGGAGACCGCCGCCCAGCGCCAGGCCCAGACGGUGGGCAAACCCAACCGGUACAUGUUCGACUGCGUGGCCUCCCAGUUCGGAGUGGACCCCGGCCGCUGCCUGAUGGUGGGCGACCGCCUCGACACGGACAUCAUGCUGGGCUCCAACUGCGGCCUGAAGACCCUCCUCACCCUCACGGGGGUCAGCACGGUGGAGGACGCCGAGGCCCAUCAGAAGAGCGGCUGUGCGGAGAGGCAAGGGAUGGUGCCGGAUUAUUACGUGGAGAGCAUCGCUGACCUGCUGCCCGCUCUGCAGGGAUGAACCUGGACUGAAAGACUCCAUUACUCACCAAAAGGGAAUCUUUUUCCUUAAGAUAUAUAUGAUUAAAAUCUAGUACAAAGUUUAUUAAGAUAUACAUAAUUUAUCUAUUUUGGAAAUGUCAAAGCCUGCCAAUUUAACAUGGUAUUAAUGAUUGUUUAUAACAUAAGAACAAGGAUUCACAGUGUUGUGUAUAUCUUCCGUUCCUGGGGAAAAGGGGAAGAGAAAGUGUACUUUAAAGACUGUCUGUGAUGCAAGUCAAGCUCGAGGAGGAUGAGCACAUAAUAUAAUGUGUUGUAACAUGUUUUGUUCAGGUUUACAGCUGUUUUAACGUCUAUAAAUAACAAGCACUGAGUCUACGUGUCUGACUUGAACCUUCUGUGUAUUAUAACCUUUAUUUUCACACCUCAGCAGAAAAUAAAAAAAGCACUGCAGAUACAUUAA